UAUGUUUGACAGUGAACAGUAAACCCAAUUCACUUUUACAAAGCACAGCUAGCCAACUAGUAGUUUGACUUGUAAUUUGUACUGCCUACUUUUGAAAGACGAUUUCUUUAAUCAAAAUGGCACAGCUCUCCCAGAAGGGUGGGCUGUGCAACAUGAAGAUGUUAUUGUUGGCUGUUAUUUUCUGUCUCCUUUCGCCUGUUGCUGCAAAUGUGUUGGUGUCUUCAGAGCACAAGACUUUGAUGCCAGUGAAGGACCACCCUAUUCUGAACAACCCUGAUGCUACAAAAGAACAAGUUGAUAGUUUACGGGUGAAAGACUAUUCUUCUCCAGAGCACAAGCCGUUGAUGCCAGUGAAGGACCACUCUGUUCAGAACAACCCUGAUGCUACAAAAGAGACCCAUUUUAAGUCAUUGCUGGAACAACUUGAGAGUUUACGGGUGAAAGACGAUUCUUCUCCAGGUAACGUGGGCCAGUUGACAAAAGGAUAUUCCUCAAAAAAUUCUAAAGAGCCCUCGGAGCUUGUAGAGCCCCUGAUUUCUGUUCCAGAGCACAGGCCUUUGAUGCCAGUGAAGGACCACCCUGUUCAGGACAUCCCCAAUGUUGCAAAAUUGACCAAAAUGGCGCAAGUGGACCAGAUGCUGGAACAACUUCAGAGGAUGAAAGAUGAUACUUUCCCAGGUAAAGCUAAAGUCCCACAGAUGAUUGUGGAGAAACGUAUUCCUUAUCUACAGGCUUACAAGCAAAAAGCAUUGCAAGGUGACAACAACGUCUUCAAAGAAAAUCUUCAGGCUCCAGCUCCAAAAGCUCAGAAGAGCACCAUGAAGAUCAAACCCAGAGUCAACAUAUUGACUGACCCUUCUUACUCCGAGCCACUUGUGAAGGUGAACCUGAUUUUGGGGCUCGUUUUCUAUGGCUUCAUCGUAAUAGUGGUUCUCUAUGAUGCUGUGAGAAUCUCCAAGGAGGCUAGAAGGCGAUCUGAUGCUAUUGCCACUGCCAGGUUGAAGAAAAGGGAACCAGCCACCGAUGAACCACAGACACUGGCAUCCAGAGUUCGGGAGAGCAUCUCUUCACGGUUUGGUUUGAAACAAGCAUCAUCCACACCACAGUGUGCCCCCAUUUUCUGACGAUUCU